GCAGACACUUCGCUUUAAACGUUAACACUCAUCUCUUGCGGUGCGGUAAUGGAAACAAGGAAUGUAUAUUUCAUAUUAGCAGCAUAAAAAACAUUUAUAAACAAAAGUUUACAUGAGUACACACCUUUGUAGGGUUAGGGUUCCCACACGACCACAUUUCCAUGUUACAGGGCUUUUUUUUAACGGAAAACGAACCUUUGCUAAUUAUCUAUAUGCGUCUCCUAACACUGUGUAAAAGGCAGAUGGACGCCACAAACGUGUUGUCACUGAAAAAUACGGUCGGCUGCAACUGUGUUAUAACAGGUUAAAACAGUGUGCAGUAAGUGUGUAUUUUGCAUUUGUGGAAUUAUUUUGAUAUGAAAGUAGAGUACCGCAAUUGAGAAUCGAUUUAUGUUAGAUGGAGUUACUUUAGGCACCAUUAUUGGGCUAGGAGCUGACCAGUGGGAAAACAGCGCCAGAGCUCUCCCGAGAAAAAAGACAGUAAUUGGAAUGUCUCUCAAUGAGCCAUGUGCGUUCUAAAUAGCAUCACAAUGGAUUAUUAUUUUUCCCGGCACAUGCAUUUGGAGUCAUACAUUCUUAGUUGUUUUCUUCAGCAAGGAAACCUUUUUAGUACUUCCAACAGAUCUCUGUAACUAGAUUUGAUUAAAGCAAGAUAUCCCGCCCCAUGGGGUGAGUCAAAGCUACAAUAAUUAUGUGCUUUGUGAGGUCCACUGUAAAAGCUAAAAUGGACACACUCAAAGAGCAAUGGAAACCCAACGUGGGAACCCUCAAAGCUUCACAGCAUCCUUCCACUCUAUCUAAAGGAGGUCAUAGAUGCACUGCAAGAAAGCGAGAGCCCACAAGCCGUGCUCUCACAGCUUUGUAUGGAGACCCAAUGAAAGAGCUGAAGCAGGACUUCAUGCUGCAACCGGAGGAUGCGAAGGCGGUGGCCAGCAAGAAAAAAGAUGAGAUACUGGUGGAAGUGAGGGCAGUGAUGAUAUCCAGCAUCACUGGCAAUAUCGAGAGAACCCGAAGGGAGGAGAUGGAUAUUGCCCAACGCAACAUAGACGAGGCGGAGGGGCGGUACAAGGCAGAACUAACUACCUUGAAGGAGUCAACACAAGCGCUGGAGACUCUGCUGGACAAGACCAUCAGGGACCUCCGUACAGCUGUAGCCGAUAAGCAAGUAUAUAUGGAUGACCUGGAAGAAACAAGGGCAGCAUUUCAACAUUUCAUCAAUCAGCAGUUUAAAGAAUUGAAGCCUGAUCAAGCUGACUUUAUCCUACCAUCAAAGAAAUGUACAGGUUGAAUGACAAGUGAACGAAUAGAAGCCCAGAAAAGCAUGCGUCUCUUUGGCUUAUCACAAUUGGUCAACUGUAAUAAAUCUGAUUAUCCACAUGCUAUUUGUUUAUGUAAUAGUUGCAGUCAUUUUGUCUGUUUGAUAUCUGAUCGUGUGAUUAUGCCAGGCAUCACAAGUACUUGUCAUAUAGGCAGGUCACAUGUUGAUUUCAACAACAAAACUUUGGUAGGUAAAAGUUUAUUUCAUAAUCUGUAAUGCCAGGAAUGAUUUACGUUCUCAUUAGGAUGAACUGUGUUACAUCACUUUGAAAUAAUCUGUGCGUGCCAUUUAUUGUUCAAUG